AGGAGAUUGGACAUCUCCAAACCAGCUACAAUGAAGAUCGUCCUUCUGUUUUUAUUACUAAUCUUGUCUGUAACUAAUGCAGCGUCUAACCAGAGGAGAACACCCACGGAGGCACCCAUCCUCAGCAGCACCGUGCAGCCACCAACUGAGACUAGAUCCCGCUUUGCUAUGUUAGAUGAUGUACGACUGCUAGCGAACGGUCUGCUCCAGCUCGGCCAGAGUCUCAGAGAGUUCGUGCACAAGACCAAAGCUCAGAUCAAUGACAUCUUUCAGAAGCUCAACAUUUUCGACCGCUCCUUCUACCAGCUGUCGGUGGUCACCAGUGAGAUUAAAGAGGAAGAGGAGAAGCUGAAGAAGACGACCGUAUACUUGAAGGAAAACAAUGAAGAGAUUAGAAACCUGUCAAUGGAGAUCAACAGCAAAAUCAACAACAUUCUACAAGAGCGAAGCCAGCUGCAUAGCAAGGUUGGAGGACUGGAGGAGAAGCUGCAGGGUUUGUCUCAAAGCAUUAUGCCACUGGAGCAAAUUCAGGAGAUCUCUGGUCUUAAGGAAGUAAUUGAAACACAAGAAAAAACCAUUACAGACCUGCUUAAAUCUGUAAAAGAGCAACACGAACAGCUCAACUAUCAGAAUGUCAAAAUUAAGAGUCUUGAGGAUAAGAUGAGUUAUGACAAUUUUCAAGACACCGCAGAAAAAUCGUUGGAUUUAAGCCCAGAAACACCUGACCCCUUUGGGUACUUGACAAUCAAUUCCACCAAUGGAACUAUGGACAUAAACGAUUAUCCAAUGGGCUGCAGUGACGUGUUCAAAAGUGGACAAAGAAAAAGCGGAAUUUACCCAAUAAAACCCAAUCAAUCUGAACCCUUCAAUGUGUACUGCGAGAUGAGCUCUGAUGGAGCAUCUACAGUUAUUCAGAGGAGGGAAGAUGGUUCUGUUGAUUUUGACCAGUCAUGGGGAAAAUAUGAACAUGGAUUUGGCAAACUGGAAAAUGAGUUCUGGCUUGGCCUACAGAAAAUCUAUUCCAUUGCCCAGCAUGGAGAAUACAUUCUACACAUUGAACUUGAAGACUGGAAGGAGGAAAAGAGGUUCAUAGAGUACACGUUCACCCUGGGCGGCCCUGUGACCGAUUACACCCUUCACCUGGCACCUCUGUCUGGAGAUCUGCCUGAUGCCAUGAGUAACCACACAGGCAUGAAGUUCUCAACCAAGGACAGAGACAACGAUAAGCAUGACGAAUCCAACUGUGCCCACAACUACACAGGUGGUUGGUGGUUUGAUGCAUGCGGAGACACCAACCUAAACGGGAGAUAUGCCUGGAUAAGACCAAAGGCUCGGCUCCAGCGCAGGAAAGGAAUAUACUGGAGGCCUACCAAAGGAAGCCCCUUCACCCUUAAAUCCACAAAGAUCACUAUCAGACCAUCAACCGAGUUUCAAUAAUCCAUGACCGUACUUUCCAUUGGGACAUUCCAUUCCAGAUCAGAGGGGUCACCGUGGCAACUGACCCUGACCAACAAAGCAUCUCUCCUCUAUAGACAGUCUGAAAUUGCUGAUUUCCACAACAGAAUGAUGCAACUACAACAAGUCACUGACUCCAGCAGAAACUGAGUCAAAGGGGAGGUUCAACAUGCAUGUGAUAUUUCGGAAGAUCCAUUGGACAUUGGAUUAAAAGCUUAGUAAAGGCUUUUUAUUUAAAAAAUAUAAAAAGACAGAGGUUCAAAUAACCCGACAGUAAAGACGCGGUGCAUGUUAUUACCAAGAAUGUUCCGUUGUAGACCAUAUGCAUACUGUAGUAUAGAACUAUACUGUAUUCAACAAUAGAGCUUCUCAUUGUCUUGUUUGAAUUGUUUUAUGGUCAUUUAAAUAGUGUAAGCAAAAUUCCUAAAUGUGCAACAUUUAAUCAUUUCUAAGCAAACGUCUAAUGCUCACCCCAAAGUUAUACAAGUAUCAACUAACCAAAUAAAAAAAAAGAAACAACAUAAGGGUUAGUAAAAUCUGAAUAUAUAUGAACAAGUAUGAAUCUGAUAUAACAACGUUAUUAAUGAAAGCUAAUAUAAAGUGUCACCAAAUAAUUGUAUUGUCAUACUGGUUAAAGUUUGAGUUUCUUUUAUGUUACUGAGUCAUAUUGACUCCUGUUUACACUUUGUGCAUACAAAUACUUUGUGUAUUGUGUAUAUAUAUUUAGUUUACAGAAUGUUUUUCAGUAUGCUUCAUAUUUAUAGCAAAACUUUCAGACAUUAACACAAAAAUAAAAAUAAAUCUUUAUUUACCU